GCAAGUUUGACAUUCCAUUUUCAACUGACAUCCUGAUUUUCAGUCUGACGUUUCGCGAUUAUUUUCCUAGUCACAGUUUUUGCUUUUGUCUCGGGGACGUUGAUUUUUUUAUGUCUAGCUUGUAAAGGCAAUUAAAGGUAGAAACGGGCCGAAUAAAUUGUUAAUUUUUAUUCAACUAAUGUGAAAAAGAGAAUGCUUUAUCUGUGCCUGUGGGACUGAAGUUGAAAAUCUUUACAAAAGUGCGGAAAUCGAGAGUGAAGUAGUGUAGAAAAAGUAACGAAAAGAUACCAAGUAAUAACUGAAAGCCAAUGUUGUUUUAGAGACUAAAUAUCAAGAAAUUUAGUGUAAAAUUGUUUAAAAUAAGUUAACAUAAUGAUUUUCGCAUAAGGGAGCAAGCGGAAAUUCUUGGAGGCAACAGGGCGGCCAGUGCAAGGCGCAGCCAGUAUGAGUUCCCGUAUAAAAGCGGAUGUGAAGAAACUAUUCGAAUUUUGGUGCGAAGUCGCGUUGGUGCACAAUGCAGACAAGCGGAAUACGCCUACAGGCGGCAGCCACACAUCAUCCCCACCUUGUGUUGUUGUCGAGAGCUUUCCGGAGGGAUAUCGCGAUGAGAAAACUAUGGCUGACAUACCAGCCUUUGCAUUUCCAUGCAAAAUCGAAAGGUCCAUGCAAUAUCAACUAAUUGUUACCAGUACUUGCCAGUUUUUACUGCAAAUGCAUUCAAUAACCCAAAAAAUAUGCAAGAUACAGCGAAUUCGAGAGCCUAACAACCCGGGAGAGCUGCAAAUUCUUACAAGUAAAGAUUUUGCUAGCAAGAAUUUGUAG